CACUGGCAGAGCGUAUAAUUUAGGGGUUACGAUCAUGUAGCCCUGGGUUUGAGUACUGCCUUUGCUACCUACCUGCUGGGUAGCUUUAGGAGAAUCACUUGACCUGAUUCUUGCUUUCCUUAUCUGUAAAGCAAGAUUAACUACUGUACUUUCUCUUCAAGUGAGAUAAUACAUGGGAAGCAGCUCGCAUGUCAAAUGCAGGAAAUAAAUCAGUGUUGGCUACAUAGGAAAUGUGUCACUCAAAAGCCCAUGUUCUUUCUGCUGAGCAAGAAAUGACUUUUAUAUGGUGACUACAAGCAUCAAAAGGCAACUAAUCCAAGCCAGGCAGCCUGUAAUCCCAGCACCCUGGAGGUUAAGGCAGGGAGUUCAAAACCAAUCUAGAGUACAAAGUAAGACUCCGUCUCAAACAAAAAAAAAGCAACCAAUCUAAACUGGUAGUUUUCAUACAAAUUCCAUCUCAGUAUCUCCAGUAAUAAAAGAGCUCACACACUGUGGAUCGCCAGUUUUCUUUUUUUUUAAAGUAGGUAUACUAAAUGGCACCCACUACAAUAUCCUCAGUAUCUCCCACGUUCUUAGGCAGUCAUUUUGAGGUUAAAUGUCUUUUCCACCAAUAUAUCUGGACUCCACAGAAGAGCCCUUAAAUGAUUAAUAAUCAAGUACUGAGUACUUAUCAUACAUCAGGCAUUGUUAUCCAGGGUCAGGUUCCAAGCACUUGGUCUGUGUAGUCACACUAGGUCCCAUGCCCCAGGUGGUCCUGUCUGACUGUGUUGUGGCCUUCUUUAUAAUUUUUUCCCUUAAUAAUUCUUGAACAAAGGCGCCUAUGUUUUCCUUUUAUCCUUUAAAUUACAUAGCCAGUUUUCCAGGUAUUAUCCUUUUAGUCAUCACUAAAAACUCUGGAGAUGAGUUAUAUUAUCACAAUUUCUGCAGUUCAGUCUGAUCCUAGAGUCCUAACUACAAAGUUCUAUCUCAUCCAUGUAUCUCUCUCAUGUUGCACUGCAGCAUUGAGAAGUAGAGAAGCAUUUAAUAAACAGAUGCUCUGUUGAAUGCACGUAUGCAACACAUUUGGUGUAAGCUGGCAGCUAACAGAAAUCAAAGCAAAAUAAAAAAAUAAACAGGUGCCAAUUCUUCUUUUUCCCGCAAGAUAAGGUUUUGUUAUGUAGCCCAGGCUGGCCUCAAACUCAUAGCAAUCCUCCUGCCUCAGUCUCCAGAGUGCUGGGAUGAGAAGUGUGCAUCACCACAUUUGGCUUGAAUGCAGAUUCUUGUUAAAUGUCUUGAUUGGUUGUGGGUUUUUCAAACUGCAGACGAUGGUCUGAGGUGAUCUUAAAGCUCUGUCGUUCCCCACACUAGCAAGUUCUGGUCCUUGUUUCACUGGAUACUCAUUAACCAUCCUGAGCCUCAGUUGUCUCCUAUGUAAAAGGGAUCGUAACCUCUCUCUAAGCCACGUUGCUCCUCUUCUAUGACAAAAACAUAAGAUGUUAGUUGUAACAUCUGUGACCUGGGCUUUGGAUGAGAAAUAAAAGUGCAAAAGACUCCAGCUGUGUACUCACGGUUAAGCAGGAGAGAAAAUACAACCAAAAUUGCUAGUAGAAGCAAAGCAUGUUUUGGUGACGAUUCAGAGUACGGAAGGUGGCUGGGGAUGUAGCUUAGCAGACCAGCGCCUGCGCAACAAGCACAAAGUCCUGAGUUUGAUUCCCAGUACCAAAAAAAAGGGCAUGUGGUAGAGUACAGAAGGAGCAUGCCUCAUUCCCUCUUUUAAAAAAAUUUUUAAACAUUAAAGGCCACACAGUAAUACCAGGACAGAACGUAUCCUUUUCUUGCCUGAUUAUAGCUGGAAAAGUUUAUCUCCCCUUUUUUUUCUUACAUCUUGUAACCUUCCUUAUACAACAAAGUGACUCUUAAAACACGUAAAAAUUUUGACACAUAUCCUCAAUUCAACCAGAAUAAGACUAAAGUUCAUUCAACAGAAGAAAAGGGGGAAAUGUUGAAUUUAAAGAAAUGCACAUGUAUUGAGAAUGGCCAAAAUAUACUGUAUCUCUGCCCUAACAAUGAACUACUGUUUACUAAGAGAAAACGAGAUACUGCACACCGUGUUUUUUUUAAUUAAGUCGGCAAAUACACUGGAGUGAAAAGCAAAGAAAAAUAGGAAAGCUGUAAUUAUUUUCAUCUUUCACGUGAUCUGGUCCUGUCCAGCCUGCUUUCGCAGCACUGUGACCCUCUUUUUUAAACACCAGAUACAUUUUGAUAUCAUACCGAGCUUUUAUCAUUUAUAACUUCACAUACACUCUAUGUGCGCAGGGCGUAUUCCGCUUUGUCCGCCACGAACCUGUGCCUAGCAUCAAGCUUCGUCGUUAAGACCAGUUCCCGCCACUCUAAACCAGCAGUGUCCUGCCCGGAAGAACUGUGCGGAGCACCUGACGAUCGGAAGUGCAGCGUUCCCGUCCGGAAGUCCCCUAGUGGAACCGCUCUCAAAGGCUGCCGGGAGGCGUGGCUUUUAAGGGAGAGCGCGCUUCACUUGGAGUGAGUGCGCUUGCGCCACAUCGGUCCUCCCAAGUCUGGAACAUGGCUGCGCGGUCGUUGUGGGCGGUCCGGCGGCGGUUGCAGCGCCUCCUGGCCUCCAGUACCUGGUCGGCGGGCAGGGGCUGGCUACACCCAUUCAGCACUGCCACCCAGAGAACUGCUGGUGAGGACUGCAGUUCCGAGGACCCUCCGGAUGAACUCGGGCCCUCUCUUGCUGAACGAGCCUUAAGGUUAAAAGCCGUUAAGCUAGAGAAAGAAGUCCAAGAUUUAACACUAAGAUACCAGAGAGCUGUAGCUGAUUGUGAGAACAUCAGGAGACGAACCCAGAGAUGUGUGGAAGAUGCCAAGAUAUUUGGAAUCCAGAGUUUUUGUAAGGACUUGGUGGAGGUGGCAGACAUCUUGGAGAAGACUACUGAGUGCAUUUCUGAAGAAGCAGAGGCGGGGGACCAGAAGCUCACUCUUGAGAAAGUCUUCCGAGGGUUGUCACUUCUAGAAGCAAAGCUAAAGAGUGUAUUUGCCAAGCAUGGUCUGGAGAAGAUGGCACCCAUUGGUGACAAAUACGAUCCUCAUGAGCAUGAACUCAUCUGUCACGUGCCAGCUGAUAUUGGGGUACAGCCUGGCACCGUGGCAUUAGUAAGGCAAGAUGGCUACAAACUUCAUGGCCGCACCAUUAGACUUGCCCAGGUGGAAGUGGCGGUGGAGUCUCAGAAAAGACUAUGAAGAGGCCAUCAAGGACAGAAUGUUCCGGCGUGCAGUCACCUGUGUUUCCUUUAUUUAUUAAUCUAGGUUUGUAUCGUACAUGAGGUACUUCAUGUGUUCUGUUUUGGAUAUAGUCAUAUUGGCUUUGUUUCUAAGGGGUUCUGUUGAUUUUAUGUGACCCAUUUGGUCUCAUCAGAGAAGUCUUGCCAUCAGGCAUUUGAACAAUGUGACAAAUGUACCUAUGGCCUUUAUCAAAGUAUGUUUACAAAAAUGAUUUUUAAAUUGGUACUCUGAUUGACUUUGAAAUCCAAAAUUCUCUUAACUAUCUUCAGCUAAUUGUUGAAAUUAAUACAGUAUCUUAUAUUUUGUGGGAAAAACAGUAGAGAUUGAUUCAAUAUGUGGGUACUUAGCUUUGCACUUACAUAAAACUUUAGAUCACUUGGGUUGGUUUUUAUAUACGUGAAUUGCCAGGACUUCCCUUCUUACUUUAUUAUUUUUCAUUUAACCGUCCUUUGUGGUCCCUACUAGGCUUUGUACUCACAUCACUGCCCCAAACUCACCCCUUUCCAGCUCCAACUGAAGGGCUAAAGGGCCAAGCUGGACUUUGGAAGCAGAGAGCAAGAUGCCUCCCUUUCAGAUAGAGAAUUAUCUUCUGCCUCCCUAAAUGUAUAUCAUCAUUUCAGGUAAACCGAGGCAGCACCAAUAGCUAAUGACCCAAAUAGGUCUGUAUAGGUGAUUACCUGUAGCUGCACAUUCCACCAGCCCUGACUGCGUUGUUGUCAAAUUUGCCUUGGAAUAUGUACUGAAUUAUUACGGACAGUGAUCUGGACAGAAACAUUAGGUUCUCACAGUUUCUCAUUUCAGCCAGUUACACUGCAUGCUUUGGUUUGGUUUUGUUUAAUUGGUACUCACGAAUCACUACCUCUCUUACACUGACAAACUUUAUUUUUUUGUUUUUGUGGUGCUUAGAAUCAAACCCAGAGUCUUGUACAUGCUCUGCUCCUGACUUACUUCUCUAGCCCUGACAGCUUUAUUUCCUAGGUUUUGUAUCCAUUUUAAGUUACAUUUGUGUAAACAUACAGUUCCCCUUUUACUAUUAACCGUUAGAAGAUAAUGGACUUAUGUAUCGUUUUCAGUCUUACUUUAUAGCUGGUGUUGUGUAAAAGCUAUGUCCAAGAAAUGACUAAGUGCAUGAAUAAUGCAUUAGUCAGAUGUUAGAAAGAAGUCUUGAGGUUUUUUAAUUUUAGAAGAGGCCUUGGUCUAAUUUUAUCCUUUCUGCUUCUGAGGUGUGAGUAUUAGUCUUUUUUAGGACUGGACCUAAAGGGAAAAAAUGUCAAUAAUAACUUAAAUAUGGAACAGUUAGAUACUAUGUUUAAUCAUUUUAAGAUUAAUAUACAUGCAAAUGUAUCCCCAGCAACAAUUAGUUGUUGGAUGUACAGAUUGUUUAAGUUCAUUACUCACAAAGUCCGCUUCAUGUGGAACUCUGGAACCCUGUAGGGAAGUGAACUGGCUUCCCUUCACCCUUCUAAGUUUCCUUGAGUAGGCUGUGAAUUAAACCAACAUAAGAUGGGGGGGGGGGGGGUGGACAUACUUCACUAUUGUAUAGGUAUGCAUGUCCCACAAAAUGAGACUCAAAGGACGGCUGGAUAAUUGAAGCUUGUGUGGCAUCCUGAGCUAUAGAACUAGUCUCUUGCAGUCAUAUUUUGGGAUGGUUAGUUAUCCUUUUAGACAAGUAUGUAUAAACAGAAGAUACUAAACAGACAUGUCAAUACAGCCAUCCUCUGUAAAUACUACCAUCUGCAUCAGAUUUAAAAAUCAAAUGGAGACUAGGGAUGGUAUGACAGUGUGGAGUGUAGGGGCUGGAGGGCAUGAACAAGAAAAUGUGCACUUUUAAAACAUAACCAAAAAGAUUCUUUUGGACUUCACUAAGUGCGUAUUGUAAAUUUAAUGAGCAAUCAAAUUUACAAUAGGAAUUCAUCCUUUUUUGCCUUAGUUCCUAUCAGAUGGCCAGAUGGAGACAAGAAGAAACUGAGCCAGUUAGCCAUGGGGCUUUGGAAUUAUCAGCUAUCCUUAUGCAUGAACUGGAAUUAACCAUAAUUUUAUGUGUGAAAUGUUCUGUUUACCUUAAGUUUUCUAAUACUGCUUUCACCUCCUGUUUUUGCAAAUAGAUUGAGAAUAGUUUUAAAAGGUUCUUUCAUUGUUCAGUAGUUUUGCAAACUGAAAGUGCAUGUUUAGAACUAGAAGACAAAGCUAUAGCAGUAAAAAUGUCAAAUUGAAAGAGUUCAGGGAAUCAGGGCAGCAUGAAAUCGAGAUGAGGCUUGUUAGCAUAGAUUUGGACAUGAUUCUAGCGCAGUCACCUGUGUGACUGGGCACUAGUCGUUUCAUUCUUCCAAGCUUGUUUAUAAAAUGAUUACAAUAAUUCUUUCAUGAUACUGUGAGAAUUAAAUAAAAUGUGUAAAUUGCCUACUACAGUAGGUCUUCAUAUUUAUUUUUAUUGUUUUUAUGCACAUUUUUUUUCUGUAUUUUUAUAGCUGCCUGAAGUCUAGGGAAAGGGGAAGACUCCUUAAAGGCAGAUUAUUUUUUAAAAAUUGUAGGCUAAUGAUUCAGUGAUUUAUUUUCCUUCCAGUUCUUGUUUUGUUUUUUGUUUUUUUAAACAUACCCCGCAAAAAACAUUUUUUAGACUGAAGAAGCAAGAAAAUUGUGUUCAUGCUCUAAUUCUCACCUUUUACAUAUAAAGUGAAAGGACAUUGGCUUGGAGGUGACGUGUAAGGAAGCACUGCCUUGCUUGAGGAGGGAUUUUGGUGUACUAUUAGUACCUCGAUCCUACACAUCUUUUACUGACUUUGCUUACUAUCAUAAAGGAAUUUUGGCAGUGAUGUUAAGUUUUAUAUUUGGUGCUCUUAAUUCAUAACAAAGGAUUUGAUCAAAUGAACAGAAGUUCUUAAAAAACUACAGCAAAGACAAACAGGGAAAACUAAGGAUGAAGUGUAAUAUUCAGAAACAACUAAUAAAACCCAAAUUGAAAUAACUGCA